AUGAAUAAAUCUAUCCUGUUCAAAGCAAUAUCUUCAGUUGAGAGUUUAGAUGUUUUUAAUAUAAGAAAAGGAAUGGAAAAUCUUUCUUUGUAUGAUAAAACAACUAGUAGUUCUUCGGCAUCGUCUGCUUCAUCUUCUUCUUUAGUGAAAACAUCGUUAUCUACUCCUAGUAAUAGUACUACUUUACAUACUUUCAUGAACAGUGGUAAACAUUCGUCGUUUACACGGCUAAUUAUGGAUAAAACUCGUGCUCCUUUUAUAGAUAUCCCAAGGAAUAUAAUGGAUAUAUCAUCCAAGUCGAAGGACUUCAUUUUGUCACUUGGUUUUCGUUUUAAGCCUGGCCAAUUAUCAGCAUCGUAG